CAUUCAUUCAUUUAUUAAUUAAUGUUUUUGCUUUAGUGAAAGAAAAGGACAUUUAAUUAAUUUCCUAAUUUGUUAUACGUAAUAAUUAUAUUUUUAGUUCUUUUCACAGAACCUCUUCUUCUCUUCCCCCUUCAGUAGUUAUGAUUGAACUUUAAUGGAACUUUUUUUUAGCUCAAGGUCAUUACCAACGCCAUCUACAUCUACAUGCAUAUAGUAUAUAAUCAUAUAGAUGUAUUCAACAAAAUCCAACAACAUGUAGUUUUUUAUUACUAAUAUUGAUCAAGAAUAGUAAAUAUACGGUUGAAAGAAUACAAAUCGAGGGCUGGGAGUAUAGUAUGGCUGUUGAACAAAAUUUUAGUUAUACUGAUAAGAAAGCUGCUUUAUUAUCAAAUAUAAAAAUGAUUAACAUAGCUUCGAUCACUACGAGUUAAUUCGAAACAGAUGGCGCAAAAAUCAUAUAAAACAGUGAGGACUGGCCUGGUUAAUUUUGGAAAGAAUACUACACUUAUUGAUACCAAAGAAUCUUUUGACCUAUCAAUAUACAUAGACGAGUAAGGAGAAAGAUAAACAAGAAGGAAGAUAAUCAAAAAUGAAUCAAUACGCUUAUAGAGAAACAUUUAAAAACAUCUUAAAAUGCAAUAAUAGUCGUAAUCGACUCGUAUUCAAAGGUUUACUAUUUGGGGAAAAGACUCCCAUCUCCGUAUUUUCAAGUUGCAGUUUUUCUACCAGGCAAGAGAAAGAUGGUUUUAGCUAUAGUCAUGGUAGUUCGACUAAACGUCUACUUGGAAAAACUAUCGGUCAAUUAUUGGAGGAAAGAGCGGAAAUGCAUCCGGAUAAAGAAGCCGUAAUAGUCUCCAAGGAAAAUGCCCGAUUGACUUUCGAACAACUACUACAGCAGGCCGAUAGACUCGCCAUGGGAUUAAUAUCUAUUGGAGUAAGAAAAGGCGAUCGUGUUGGUAUUUGGAGUCCAAAUAAAAAGGAAUGGGUACUUGCCCAAUACGCGACCGCAAGAGCUGGAAUGAUGCUAGUCAAUAUAAAUCCAGCAUAUCAAGUUGGUGAACUACAAUACGCUAUGCAAAAAGUCGGAAUAAAGGCACUUAUAUCAGCGGAACAGUUUAAAACUCAAGAUUAUUUUAGCAUGUUGGAAAAAGUAUGUCCAGAAUUGAACAACUGUAAACCUGGCAAUAUCAAAAAUCAAAGUCUUCCAGAAUUUCAAAGUUUAAUUAUGAUUUCCGACAAACAAUAUCCUGGAUCAUUUACAUUCUCCGAAAUUAUGGACGCCGGUGAUCAAAGCCAUAAAGGAAUUCUAGAUCAGAUAAAGUCCACUUUACAAUUUGACGAACCGAUUAAUAUUCAAUUCACAUCUGGAACUACAGGUUCUCCUAAAGGAGCUACUCUUUCUCACCAUAAUAUCGUUAACAAUUCAAAUUUGGUUGGCUACAGGUGCGGAUAUGACGUCAACCCUGCAAGAAUAGUUAUACCUGUUCCAUUAUACCAUUGUUUCGGGAUGGUUCUUGGAAGUUUAAUGAAUGUUACACACGGCGCAACAACCAUUUUGCCAUCUCCAUCUUUUGAACCAAAAGCCGCACUAGAGGCAGUUGUCAAAGAAAAAGCAACGAGUUUAUAUGGAACACCUACAAUGUUUAUUGAUAUGCAAAAUCAUCCGGAUUUUGGUAAAUACGACCUGUCAUCCUUAUAUACCGGUUGGUUAUUUUUUCAUUUCGAUUUCUAUGGACAGUAUAAGUAAUAAUAAUAUUAAAAAGAACAAACUUUCUAUUGAAAUUAAGGUAUUAUGGCUGGAUCAACUUGCCCAACUGAAAUAAUGAAAAAGUGCAUAAGUAAAAUGUGUAUGAAGAAUAUUACAGUUAGUUGUCUAACGAUAGUGUGCCUCUUUUUAUAAUAAUUCAUAAAUAUUAGUCUCUCUCUCUCUCUAUAUAUAUAUAUAUAUAUACUUUAGGGAUUAAAAGGCUUUAUGGAUUAAUUAUGUUUGAAUAGAUUUGCUACGGAACUACCGAAACUUCACCAGUAACCUUUCAAACGAGAAUGGAUGAUGACUUCGAUUUAAGAGUUAAGACGAUCGGUGUACCUCUAGAUCAUAUUGAGGUUACUGAUGGUAUCACUUGUGUACUAUGGUGUAUCUAAUUUAUUAGGUGUUCAUAGGUAAAGGUUGUUGAUGACGAGGGGAAAAUAGUACCUACGGGCGUUGUGGGUGAAUUGUACACGAGAGGGCACGCAACAAUGCUAAAUUAUUGGGAAGAUGAGGCUAAAACGGCAGAAGCCAUCGGUCACGAUAGAUGGUAUAAAACAGGUGACUUGGUUUCCCUGGACGAAAAUGGUUACGCUGUAAUUGAAGGUAGAAAAAAGGAUAUGCUUAUAAGAGGUGGAGAGAAUAUUUACCCAGUAGAAAUUGAACAAUUUUUAUACGAAAAUGACAAGAUUGAAGACGCUCAAGUAAUCGGUUUGCCCGACGAAAGGCUUGGCGAAGAGAUAUGCGCAUGGAUAAAGUUAAAGAGUGGCGAAAAAUCAACUGAAGAAGAUAUUAAAGAGUUUUGUAAAGGGAAAAUCGCUCACUUUAAAAUACCGAAAUAUAUCAUUUUCGUAGAUGAAUUUCCCAUGACUGUAACGGGAAAAAUUCAAAAGUACAAGAUGAGAGAAAGGACUAUUGAUAUGUUGAAUCUUUAAUAAAAAUGAAAUAUUAAACAUCUUUUAUCAGAUAUUUCUUGUUUUCUUGCUUGUUUUUAAUACGUUUCCUAUGUAAUUUCUUUAUCUUCUAAUCAAACGAUGAUAUUCAGAAUAUUUUUGCUUUUAUCCUUCAAUGUAUAAACUAAAAUUACAACGC